CACGGCACAUUUAAUUCCUAUCAGCUGUAUCUCAUUGGAGGAUCUUUUGGACUCCGUGAAUUUGCUCAGAUAAGAUACGAUGUCCACAAACUACAUGGCAAGAUUCUUGCAUUUGUUGCCUCCUCUACCACAGAGCUCCUCUCUGCCUAUCUUUCUUAGUCUGUAAAAGCACAGCGUUUCAAACGGUUGAGUUGAGAUGAUUGGAACUGCAGCAGCAGCAGAGUGUUUAAAUGAGGUUCAGCAUCCACCCAAAAAGGGAAUACAUCUGCGAGUGACUGAACAAGACUAUGCCUUGUUGCUGGCUGGCACAUUCGUGUUGCUGUCCUCAUGUAAGCCAGCUCAGGUUGAUCCAGCUUUGAAAGAAAAAUUGAAACAGAACACUGUGACACUGGAAUCUGAAUAUGAGAAGCUGGAAAAGUCUGACUUGAAUAACUGGGAGAACAUCAGAGGACCCAGUCUGUGGGAAGAUUCCAGGACUGUUCAGAAGCAACGGCGGGAGGCUCUCCAUCUCAAGCAGAGUGACUGAACAAGCCUACUUUGGUGCCUCUGAAAAAAAAAGUCUCUGGGUGGACUUAGUUUUUAAUCCCUGUCAGGAACAGACACGGGAGCAAUUGCACCGAGCAAUUCAUGCUGGCGUAUAUAUAAGUAACUGUGAGAUCAGUCCAAAAGGCACUGUAUUAUAUGAAGCUCUGUGUUUGCAUCCAUUUGCAGAGUACCACAGGCUGUAUGUGAAUUUUCAAUUAAAAAAAGCUGAUUAUUCUACUUAGAAUAUCCCAUUGUUUUUCAAUCUCUAACAUUCAAAAAUGCUUCAGCAAGGAAUAACAUUUCAAGAAUCACUUGUCAGUACCAGAAGUUGUCAUCCUAAUGAGAACAACAGUGCUGUCAUCUAGAUGUGUGUGACCAGAUAAAUGCUGCUUCAGGGAGCCACUGCCUGACUUCAGGCUUUUAAGCUUGGAAGGGACUCUACAGGCGUCUGAGCUGUUUGGAACAGUGAGUCCAUUUUUGGCUAAAUAAUACUCAUGAGUUUUAUUUCCAGGGACUUGACUGUAUAAAGGCAUGUACAGAAUGUCAGCUGGUAAUUGCUGAAAUAACAUUUGUUUAGCUAUGUUUAGAUUUUUAUGAUUAGUUUAUCGAUACCUUUGUGCAGGCAGGACCUCUGCACUGGAAGUUUUCAGUUUAAGUUGGAAACACUCUUCCUCACUAAAAGCUGUGCUGUUUCUCUGUGAGUAAAUAUUGUAGCAGAAUCUUCUUGAACCACUGUGUAGUGGCAAAGCUCAUCUUACCUGUAUUAUUACAUGUGUAUUUGUGCAUGUGCACAGAAAUUUUUUAUCUUUCAGUGGAUUCUUCUGAAAUGCUUGUCUUUUUAUAUUUGUCUCUGUGUGCCAAAUGUUUGUUAGAGGACAUCAUGCCAACAUUCAAGACCCUUCUGCUGAGAGAGUUCAAUGAUGAAGUAUCCAGUUAAUUUUUCAAAUUGACUUCUGGGGAAGAAGCAAAGAUAUUUCUCUUGCAUGAAGGCCUUAAACUUAUCAGUUUUCUUGAUGAACAAAAUACUCACUGAAAUAUCUUGUGUAUUUUUAGUAAUUUGAUCUUCUGCAAAGACCGUUUGGGGAACGGUCAUCUUAUUUCAUCAGUUUUUGAAUUCAGUUGUAAAUAAUUACUUAUAUGGGCAACAUUGCUCAUGUCAUAACUUAGAACCCAGUUUUAGUGGAUUGUUUGCUGGUUGUGGGGUCCUCCCACCCUUCCCUUUUUCAUAGGCACUAAAUCCUGUAGUUUCUGAGGACAUAUUUGUAACUACCUUUGAAGUGGCAUCUCUGGAAAGUGAUGGAUUUAUCUUAGCACCUCAGAAACAAUGACAUGCAGUUGGAAAAUUUUCCAACUUGCUCUUCUCUUCAACUUUCCUUUUGACAGACAGCCCCUAUCUAUUGAUAGUCCACUCAAAGAAAAUUCCACCAUUUUUAUUAA